AAAAAAAAAAAAAAAACAGAGCUAAAAUGAACGAUUUAUUCUCUAAUUCAUUCAAGAAGAACCAGGCUCAACUGCGCGAUGUUGAGGCAGGUCAAGAAACGAUGAACCUCGACAAAUUCUUCGAGGAUGUCGAGAAUGUGAAGGACGACAUGAAAGGAGUCGAGACUCUUUAUAAGAAGCUUCAAGACUCGAAUGAAGAGUGCAAGACGGUUCACAAUGCCAAGAAAGUAAAAGAGCUACGAGCUAAGAUGGAUGGGGACGUAGGAAUGGUCCUGAAAAGGGUUAAAAUCAUUAAGCAGAAGCUCGAAGCCUUAGAGAAAGCGAAUGCUAAUAGCCGUAAUGUCCCGGGUUGUGGGCCCGGUUCGUCUACGGAUAGGACUCGAUCUUCUGUGGUUAGCGGUCUCGGGAAGAAGCUCAAAGACUUGAUGGAUAGUUUCCAAGGUCUGCGUGCUCGUAUGAACAAUGAGUAUAAGGAAACCGUAGAGCGCAGGUACUUCACAAUAACAGGAGAAAAAGCAGACGAGCAAACAAUCGAUAACUUGAUAGCAAGCGGUGAGAGCGAGAAUUUCCUCCAGAAAGCGAUUCAAGAGCAAGGAAGAGGUCAAAUCCUAGACACGAUAUCUGAGAUCCAAGAGAGACAUGAUGCAGUGAAGGAGAUAGAGAAAAAUCUACUAGAGCUGCACCAAGUUUUCUUGGACAUGGCAGCUCUAGUGGAAGCGCAAGGGCAACAAUUAAACAACAUAGAGAGCCAUGUAGCGAAAGCGAGCUCGUUUGUUAGAAGAGGGACUGAUCAGCUCCAAGACGCGAGGGAGUACCAAAAGAGCUCCAGGAAAUGGACUUGUUAUGCCAUCAUCCUCUUCAUCGUCAUCUUUAUCCUCCUUCUCAUUCCCCUUCUACCUCACAUAAUGCUCAUGUUGAAGAAGUGAAAUUUCUAAAGAGUUGAACUUGAUUCUCAAAAUCAUCUCUUCGCUUGUUCUUUUUUGUUUCUUUGUUUUGUUAAUAUGGAAUGGAAUAGUUAGAUUACGGUGAAACCAUGGCAAAAAAUUUGUAGAGAUUUUUGAAGCGUACCGGUUCAUUAUUAUUAUUGUAUAUUUUUGACAAUUAUUAUCUUCUUCGUUAGUGUUUAUGUGACAAUGUUGUGUGAAUCAUAGAUGUUGAUAUGUUGGUUUGUUUGA